AUUCAAACACCUUGCUAUCAUUUACACACAGUCAGUCAAUACCAACCUCUCACAAAAUGGCACCAAAGGCAGCGGAGAAGAAGCCGGCUGAGAAGAAACCAGUGGCGGAGAAGAAGCCACGAGCCGAGAAGAAGCUCCCCAAGGAUGCGACGGCAGCGGGAACCGACAAGAAGAAGAAGAGGAACAAGAAGUCAGUGGAGACGUACAAGAUCUACAUAUUUAAGGUUCUGAAGCAGGUUCAUCCUGACAUUGGGAUCUCAAGCAAGGCGAUGGGGAUUAUGAACUCGUUUAUUAACGACAUAUUUGAGAAACUCGCUCAGGAGGCUUCAAAACUCGCUAGAUACAACAAGAAGAACACUCUGUCGUCUAGGGAGAUUCAAACCGCCGUGAGACUUGUAUUGCCUGGCGAAUUGGCCAAGCAUGCCGUUUCUGAAGGUACGAAGGCGGUGACUAAAUUUACCAGUUCUUAAGAUAUGCUAGAAUCGUUACGUUAACGUAAUCGAUUUAGGUUUUUGUUGAUUGUGAUUGAGGAAAUUGAUACCGCAUUUGAUGUAAAUCCGUCUGUUUCUUUUGCUCGAGCUAAUUGCAACAGCCAUUAAUGGUUACCUUGAGGAAUUAUUAGCAUUUAUUCCAUUGAGAUGAUGAAA